AUGGGAUCCAUCCUUCCUCAACGAACUCCCCUGCAGAUUUUCGAUGCCGUUGCUGAAUUGCGGCCUGAUCAAAUCUAUUGUAUCCACCCUGUCUCCUCAAAUCUCUCGCUAGAAUGGAAGACUAUCACUUUUACAGACCUUUCCAGGGCUAUUAAACGCAUGGCCGUGUGGAUCAAGGAAAAUGUCGCUGAUUCAGAGCACCCUCAAACGCUGGCAUAUAUGGGGGUCAACGAUAUUCGUUACUGCACCUUCGUCUUCGCGUGUAUGAGGCUACGACAGACCGCACUGCUUCUCUCCACGCGCAAUGCUGAGUCGGCCUCGAGCCACGUCAUGGGCGCUACCGAAUGUUCGAAAAUUGUGUACAGCCCCGAGCGGACUAAGCAAAUUGAUGAGCUAAAGACAGCCAAUCCGUCUUUGCAAUCAUGGGUAGCUCCGGGUCCAUGGGAGCUGUUCGAUAAUGUAUACGAGCCUGACCCCGUGAUCAAGGAGACAUCAGAGGAUCCUGAAAAUCGGAUUGCAGUGUACAUUCACAGCUCGGGCACAACAGGCUUCCCCAAGCCAGUCCCGUUGACCAACGGAUACUUCCUCGCACUCGAGCAGACUGCUCUCUUUCCUCUCCCCACUGGAAGAGAAAGUAGUUUCGCAGCCAGCAUGAGUCAAAGUCGACCGAUUUUUGUCAUGAGCCCCUUCUUCCAUUUGAUGGGAAUUCUCAGUAUGAUGAUCCCAGUGCUGUGUAACACACCAUUCGUUCUCAGCCCCGAGAAGCCGAUCACGGCGGAGCUCCUGGCGCAGAUCGUCAAGGACACAACUCCUGAUACAUCAAUUUUGGCACCAUCUGUUUUAGAGAAUCUCAGUCAAUCUGAGCUUGGAAUGAACUCUUUGUCCACCUUCUCCAUGCAUACCUUUGGUGGUGCGCCUCUGGCACAGGAAGUCGGGGAUCGGAUCUCCGAAAUAACGCACCUGCAGUCAGUCUUGGGGUCAAGCGAAAACGCAGUAUUCCGGGGCUUGAAGCACCAAGAUAAACGUGAUUGGCAAUACCUGGAGUGGGACCCCAGUGCCGGCUAUGAAAUGCGCGACGCCGGUGACGGCCUCUUCGAGCUCGUCGUCCUCCGUGCAGAAGACCCUCUAGCUCAUGCUGUCUUCCACACAUACCCUGACAAGAAUGAGUACAAAACAGGAGAUCUCUUUGCUCCUCAUCCGGAGAAGGAUAGUUUGUGGCUAUACUCUGGACGCCAUGAUGAUGUGAUCGUUUUGAGUAAUGGAGAGAAGUUCAACCCCACCAUGAUGGAAGAGAUUAUCUCGGGUCAUCCGCUUGUCUCUCGGGUACUGGUGGUUGGCCAGGGCCGUUUCCAGUCCGGUGCGAUCAUCGAGCCCAAUUGGUCUGCCUGGAAUGGUGAAUCCGAUGCAUUGAUCGAUGAGAUCUGGGCUAGUGUUCAAAAGGCCAACGCAACUGCCCCUGGCCAUGCUCAACUCAUGAAAAACCGCAUCGGAGUGUCGUCGCAGACCAAACCUUUCGAGCGGACCGUCAAAGGCACUGUGAAGCGACGUGCGGUGGUGAAUGACUAUGCGGAUGAGAUCGACGCGCUCUAUGCCGCUGAUGAUCAAGUCAAUGUCGUACAGAUACCCAAAGAGGCGGGGCGUGAAGAUAUCACCACAUAUAUCACUGAAGCUGUGGCAGAGAUCUUGGACGUCCCAACGUUUGGUGAAAAUGCCGAUAUUUUCUCAUCGGGACUUGACUCCCUGCAAACCCUUCGGUUGGGCCAAAUCCUUCAGGCUUCUCUGAAGUCUGCUUUGCCUGACUUAGGCCCAAUGUUUAGUAGCCCCCAGUUGUAUUCCCGCCCGACAAUAUGCCAGCUGUCGGCAUAUGUUCUUGAUCUUCUGCAAGGAAAUGACUCGCCUCUCGAUACGGCUUUAAUUGAGAGCGACGCCGACCGGGAAACGAGAAUCGCUGAUCUGAUCGGAAAGUACACUGAAGACUUCGGCAAAGAUCAUGCAGUCAUUCUUACCGGUUCCACUGGAUCACUGGGAGCUUAUCUACUCCAUGAGCUACUCCGCGAUCUUAGCGUAACCAAGAUCUACUGUCUGAAUCGGUCGGAUGAUGCAGCUCCUAGACAAUUGCAAAGCCUUCGCGACAAGGGACUGGCGACUUUCCAGAGGUUCCCUCGGAGGGUAGAGUUUCUUCAAGCACAGUUUGGCGCCGAGCGACUAGGUCUCGAUGAAGCUAAAUAUGAGGAGAUGUUGGGGAAUGUGGACACCAUUAUCCAUAACGCCUGGAAAGUGAACUUCAAUCACAGGGUUGAGGCCUUCGAGAACCCCCACGUCGAAGGUGUCCGUCGUCUUGUGGAGUUCAGUAUCGCGAGCGAGAAGACCGCCCAUAUUCAUUUCAUUUCUUCCAUCUCCACUAUCGAGGGAUACAGCCCGGAGCGAGGACCCUCAAUUCCAGAGAUUAUCUUCGAUGACCCCAGCUCGGUACUCAGACAAGGAUACGGAGAGUCCAAGCAUAUUUCUGAAAGAAUCUGCGCUGCUGCCUCUGCCAAGUGCGGUGUCCCAACUAGUAUCCAUCGAGUUGGCCAGAUUGGUGGACCAACUACGGAGAAGGGAAUGUGGAAUAAGCAAGAGUGGGUGCCAUCGCUCGUUGCAACAUCCAAGACGAUAAAGCAGAUUCCGAAGGGGUUGGGAUCGGUAUCCGUUCAGUGGGUUCCAGUAGAUGUAACUGCAAAGGUCAUCACCGACAUCGUCCGCACCCGUCGCGAGACCCAAGAAGACGAACCAUGCGCCGCCUUCCAUAUCGUCAAUCCCCGAGCCACAGAAUGGUCAUCGCUCAUCCCGGCAGUUACCAAAUUCUUUGACAUGGAGGAGGUCGACAUUAAGACAUGGAUCCAGACCCUGGAGAGCUUCACGAGCCCCACAGAACGUGAUCUUCAAGAUAAGCCGGCUCUCAAGAUCCUUGACUUUUUCAAGGCUAUCUCAUUCGCGGAUGAGGCUGGUCCGUGGACCGAAACCACCAAGACUCAAGUUGCUAGUAAGACACUACGCAAACUGGGGGCGAUUGACCUUCCAUUGAUGGAAAACUGGAUGAAACAGUGGGAUUUCUGA